AUGGACCCUAAAUUUGUCAUCUCUCUUCAGUAUUCCUCCAAGACCAAGCAGAUCAACUAUCAAUGGAUCUGGCUGCAGAGUUUUCCUGUGAGGGCCAAGCUCCUUCCGGGCCAGCGACCGUCGCUGUCACCCCGAUCGGGCCCGAGGGGCCCCCAGACCGAUAAGCCCGAGGCGCUCGCGCCAGGCGCAGGGGUCCCCGCGCGUGGCCAGGCUGGGGCGGCGGCCGAGCCCGCGGAGCUCAUCCGGCGCGCGCACGAGUUCAAGAGCCAAGGGGCGCAGUGCUACAAGGACAAGAAAUUCCGCGAAGCCAUCGGCAAGUACCACCGGGCGCUACUCGAACUGAAGGGGCUGCCGCCGCCGCCCGGGGAACGGGAGCGUGACCUGCGCGCAGCCGCCCCGGCCGGGGCCCCCAAGCCCGGUCGCCUCUCGGAGGAGCAGAGCAAGACGGUGGAGGCCAUCGAGAUCGACUGCUACAACAGCCUGGCAGCCUGCCUGCUCCAAGCCGAGCUAGUGAACUAUGAGCGAGUCAAGGAGUACUGCCUCAAAGUCCUAAAAAAGGAAGGGGAGAACUUCAAGGCCCUUUAUCGGUCUGGUGUGGCCUUCUACCACCUUGGGGACUACGACAAAGCACUGUACUACCUGAAAGAAGCAAGGACCCGACAACCAACAGACACCAAUGUGAUCCGGUAUAUCCAGCUGACAGAGAUGAAGCUGAGCAGAUGCUCCCAGAGAGAGAAGGAAGCCAUGUAACUGGAAGGCUCUCCAGAGCUGUACUCAGCCCAACCAGAGCCUCCCAGGCCCCUCUGGUGGACAGCCUGCCCUGCUCGGUCCCUUCCCCCACUUCUUCCAAGUCCCCUUCUCCCCACCCCCCACUAUUUGUCUACUCCUAAUGUGAAAACUAAAAAGCACAUUUGGAAUCUGUGAGGCACCCAGACGGGAGCCCUCCUGUUCUCUAGCAGGUCAGUGAUGGAAAGGACCCAACUUCUGCGCCACAGCUGACAGGGAGCUGCAUGGGCUGGGGGUGCCACUGUGGCUUUGACUUUGGCCAGAGCUUUGUCAGAGGCAGAGCCUGGCAGGUAUGCCACCCCAAGAGGGCAGGGAUGGCACCUGUAGUCUGGACCCUUCCAUUCCUUUCUGAUGACCCGCAACAUCUCCGGGCAGUUAUAACAAAGCUGGGGAUGACGCAGACACCAGAAGUGCUGGUUAGGCCAGUGCAGAGCCGGAAUCUACACCCUGGCACACCAUUACUCCCUCUGGGCCCUUGGUCCCUGCCACCCUCCCUCCCUUGUUGUCUUGGCUUGUGCUUUCUUCUCUCCCUCUCGGAGAUCCAAUCUCUGCCAGGACUCACAUGCCAUCACCGCCCAUUCUCUGUGCCCUUUGGUGACCACACAUACCAACUCCUGCACCUCCCAGCCAGGAGGCAGCUGUGACAACAGAAGGGCGGGACAAAGUGGGUCAAAGUCCAGGUGAGCAGACCUGCAGGCAGUGCCACCCAGGGGACAGGGCAUGUAUAAGCUGGGGUCUUGGGUGAGGGACUAAAUAUGUGUAAAUAAAAAUCAACUCGUGGGCAGUUCUGCCAUUUCUGCUGAAAGCAGCCCACUCCUUCCCUUUGACUUCUGCCCACCACUGUGGUCAGAGCUGCUUACAGCCAGGCGCAUGGGUCUUCCCCCGCAGCAACUGGCCAUUUGUCCGGUGCUGUAUACAACGCUGGCUGUAGCCUUCGUGCUUUCAGGUGUGGGCUGGAAGUGUGGACACAGCCCUGGGCCUUGCCUUGGUGGGAACUCGUGCAGCCUCUUUCUGAUGAACUUAGCUGAACUCAAUAUCUAGCACACAGAAUGUGUUCAGCAAAGAUUUGUUGAAUGAAUAAAUCAUGACUGCAGACUGACUCUCCUGCCUUACACUAAUUUUCUCCCAGCCUAGUCUCCAGAUACCUAUGCUCUCAUGCUAUGCUGUGUUGUUUCAUCAAGAAGAGACCAUUCCAGAGGGCUCACUGUCUGCCCACCCGAGUGCAGCGUUACUCUGUGGGACACAGGAUGGCCUCCUGGUCUCCCGGGAGAUGGAAAUGCAUAUGAGAUUAUUACCAAUGACAUCUUGAACCCAUAUGAUGCUUAAACAUUUUCAAAGCACUUUCAUGUAUUUUUUGUGUGAUGAGUGAGACAAUGUAUAAAAUCAAAAUAUAUACAGAUGCAAUAAUGUUAAUAG